AUGGCGGAGAAGGACGAGUCGCGGCCAGAGCCGGUCAUCGACCAUGGCUCGAUCAAUGGCGAUCACAUUGACAAGUCGGCCAUUGGAAACGUCACCGAGGUCCAGGGCAACACGCACUUCCACGAGACGGUCUCUGCGGCGCCGCUGAAUCCCUGGUCGUGGACAAGCAUUCAGCUCUACUGUAUCCUCCUCGUGGCGGCGUUGAACGCGACAUCAUCUGGUUUCGAUGGUUCCAUCUUCAGCUCUAUCAACGCCAUGACUCAAUACCAGGACUACUUUCAUCACACGGAGCUCGGCUCUUCCACUGGAAUCAUCUUCAUGAUUUACACCAUCGGUAACAUGAUCGGCUCUCUCUUCACCGGUCUCAUUUGUGACCAGUUUGGCCGUCGCGCGGGUAUGAUGGCCGGUUCUCUGUUCAUCAUGGUCGGUGCCAUCGUCCAGACGGCCGCCAAGUCCGAUGCCUACCUCCUCGGAGGCCGUUUCACCCUCGGAUUUGGUGUUGCCAUCGGAACCUCGUCUGCACCUACAUACGCUCUCGAGCUGGCGCCGCCCCAAUGGCGAGCCCGAGUCGUCGGUUAUUACAACACCUUCUUCUACACCGGUGCCAUUCUCGCCACCGGAGUCACAUAUGCCUCUGCCAAGAACAACAGCGAACUGGCCUUCCGUCUCCCCAUGGGUCUCCAGCUCAUCCCCCCGUUCUUCAUCUUCGUCGGCGCACUUCUCAUCCCCGAAUCUCCUCGAUGGCUCACCGCGACGGGCAAGAAGGAACAGGCUGCUGCAAUCCUGGCCAAGUAUCACGGAGGCGGCGACACCAACCACCCCGUGGUCCAGCUCGAGCUGCGCGAAUUCGAACAAUCAAUCGAGCUGCAGAAGGCGUCCAACCUGUGGGACUACUGGGCGCUGGUCAAGGACCACAACGCCCGCUGGCGAUUCACCAUGAUGUCCUUCAUGUCCUUCUUCGCUCAGCUGUCUGGAAACUCUGUCUUGACUUACUACCUCCCUUCCAUGUACAAGAUUCUCGGCAUCGUCUCCGUUGAGCGUCGACUGCUCCUCUCCUUUGCCAACUCUAUUGUGUCUGCUACCGGCGCUGUUGCUGGAUCUGCCACCAACGACAAGAUUGGUCGUCGUACCAAGCUCUGGGUCGGAAGCAUCGUCCUUGCAGGCCUGUUUGGUGCCGUCACAGGAUUUUCCGCCAAGUUUGAGCACGGCUCGGCAGGGAUCAGCACGUCCUUUAGCAACGCUGGUGUUGCCAUGAUCUUCCUCUUCGGCUGUGCCUACUCCUUCGUGUACACUCCCCUGACUGCCACGUACUGUGCCGAAGUUUUGGCCAAUCCUACCCGUGCCAAGGGUAUGGGAGUUCACGUCAUCAUGUCCAACUGCGCCAACCUCUACAACACCUACGUGACAGCGGUUGCUCUCGAAGCCAUCAACUGGCGCUACUACCUCAUCUUUGUCGGCCUCAACCUCAUCUAUUCCUUCAUCUGGUGGUUCCUCGGUGUUGAGACCCGUGGCCGCACUCUUGAGGAGUUGGACGAAGUCUUCAACGCCAAGUUCCCGCCGCGUGCUGCUCUGCAAAAGCACAUCAUGGUCAAGAGACAGGAUGGCCACCUCGCUGGUCUGAGUGACAAUAGCGAUAUCGCUGACCGAGUUUAA